CGUACGCGUACGAUGAGGUUGCGGAAAAUGUGUUCAGUCACGUACGCACAAAAACAAUAAAGUAAUUUCGUGGUCUUUGAAGUACGUAGCAUUUUAAUCAUCAAACCAAACACACCGGAAAGAAAUUUGUUCUAAAUAUUCUCCUGUCACUGUACUGCUAAUAUUGGUAGCCGUCAAAUUCGUCAUGGAGUCUAUCCUCAGUAGUGGGCAACGAAUUCUCCUGACAUGGGGCGAAGGACAGGCCCCUGAAGGCAUCAAGGCAGCGGUGGAGGGGUUGGGCGCUGGGCUUGGGCAGAGUGGCAAAAUGCAAGUGGAGAACAUUGAUAGACUAGUCCUUGCUGCGCAUAAAAAGUCAACAUUUGAUGUGGCUUUGCUAGGAGCUGUCAACCCUCCCUCUGUCAUACACACCAUGGACCACUUUGCUGAGGUGGCUAGAAUACUAAAGCCCAGUGGGAGGCUGUACAUCAGAGAGCAGACCAUCCAUACAGAGAAUGGACCAGGCAGGACGAGGGAGAAACUCGUGUCUGUUCUCAAGGUGGCUGGGUUUGUGGACAUCAAGGAGCCUAAAACACCCCUGUUAAAUCCUACCUCACAAAGCACGGACAAUGGUACGGACAGCGUGAUUGAGCUGUGUUGCAGCAAUCCAGCAUUUGAAGUCGGAUCAACAGUUGCGUUACCUCUGUUUGCAAAGAAGAUGGCAACCACAGAGAAGCCAAAAGCAGAAGCCAAGAAGGUGUGGACGCUGUCUGCGUUUGACAUGGCCGAUGAUGACGUGGAAUUAAUUGACUCUGAUAAAUUACUUGAAGAGGAAGAUUUCACCAAACCUGACCCCAGCUCACUGAAAGCUGAAUGUGGUCCAAACUCUGAAAAGAAGAAGGCAUGCAAAAACUGUACAUGCGGGUUUGCAGAGGAGUUGGAAGAAGGGACAGCAAAGGUUGCUACAAAGUCGGUCACCUCGUCCUGUGGAAGUUGCUAUCUCGGUGAUGCCUUCCGUUGUUCCAGCUGCCCGUAUCUCGGCAUGCCUGCUUUCAAACCUGGAGAGAAGAUCACGCUCAGUGACCGACAGCUCAACCCUGACCUCUGAUGACCUGACCUCUGGUGACCCGACCUCUGGUGACCUGACCUCUGAUGACCUUACCCCUGAUGAACUGACCUAUGACCUUCAAUUGGCUGAACUUUCUCUGGCCUUCGAUUAUUCAUCUUAGCUUAACCCAUUAAAGGGAACAGUUUUGUCAAGGAUGCACCCUUUUGGCUCAAAAAUGCGCUUCUAAGAAAAUGAUCAUAAUUGGAAAGAUCUUUGAAAAGUACACUAUGAGCAUUUACACAACUGUACCUUAAUAAUUGUAGGCCUUUCUUUGAAGAAUUUGGGUCACAGAAUUUGGGUCCUCAGAAGUCUUGAUUGCAGUCACACAUGUUUUUUUCUGACCUGAUAUCAAACAGCAAAUUGUGAUAUGCAUUUAAGCAGAUGCACUCUACAAAGGAGCUUUACUCAAGCUUUACACAUCCGAAAGGGGUUUUCAUAGUGAUGGGAUUUAAAUCUGGAUUUUUUUAAAUUUUAAAUUCCACUAUUUCGUUUUGAUUUUGGAAACCUUUACCAUAAAAAAACAUCAAGCCUACCUUUGAUUUUACCACAGGCUAAAGACAACAACUGGAACAUCCCCACUUUUGCUUCAUGGUCUCUGAUUGUUAUUACAUUCACUUGCUACUUGGUAUGUGAAUAGCCUGCCAAUUUGACGUAUCAGAGUUUCCACCCAUUUUUCAACAUUAAGCUCUGUAGUGUUUCUGUAUAAUAGCCCAGUGGUCAUUGAACCUGCAAACUAUACCCAAUCAUUGGGAGGGCAUUACAUGUGGCACCUCACUCCUCACUUUUGGGUUGCAUGACUGUGAAUUGGAUGGGAAGUUCUGAUGAAAUCAGAAAGCAUUAUGUGGUUUGAAAAAAAAUUAGGAUCACCGGAUUUUGAAAUCUCUGAUUUGUCCCACCACUAGUUGUUCAACAUUUUAUCCGUAAAUCAUGUUGAUUUUCUGUGAUCGCGACCUUUGACAUAAUGCCUGUGAGCAAUAUGAAACCCUUAAUGUUGGUGAUCUUUGAACAAAAAUUCAACUGUAACUUAAACAUUAGCCUAUAGACUGCUACAUAUUGUUCCAACAAGUGUUUAAAAGGAUGUGAAAAAAAUUCUUAUGUUGGAAAAAAGAUGUCCAUUCUGUUUAUACGAAAAGUAAUAUGUAUAUUAUAUUAAUACAAUAAAAAAAAAUUAAAAAAUUAGUCUCACAUUUUUUUUUGCAUUUUAAAAGUAGAAGAUGUCAGAAACACUGGAUUUACCAGUUGUCAAUCAAACUAUUCGAAUUACAACAAUCCACCAUACUAUUAGAGCAAAAUUACGAAUGUAUUCUUUAUUGUUACAUUGGGUAAUGCAACGAUAACCAUUGUUACUAAUGUAUUACUCAGUGAAAUAGAUGGCACCUAUUUGAAAUCAU